AGAAUUGUUGUUUGUGAAUAUAUGGUCCAGACAAGCAUCAUAACGCGUCGGUGUGGUAUCACAGAACUGAAAGCCAUUUGAGAGUACGGUAUUGUUAUAAUGUUCCACGACAGCUGUUGAAGAUUGUAGGUCAAAAUUGAAAUCCCCUAACACCUCCGAUGGUUUACACUGCCAGUCAGCCGUAAAAAGGCCCCGAAGCUACACCAAGACAAAAGGAUAACCCCAAACCUACCCGAAUACCGGGCGCAAACACGCGUGGAAGAAGGGUGAAAAGCUCAGAAAUAGAUUAGUUGAGUAGAUCUGGGAAGUAGCUGUUUUCCAUUGUUCCGGGGCUCGGAAAAAUCUCACCAAAGCGUGUGAGGGAAAUCAGUCUGCAUUAUUAGAACUGAAGCGCGUCGGAACAAGUGUCAUUCAUUUUCACACCUGAAGACGAAACGGCGUUGUGGAAUUUUUCCCAAAAGGUUGAAACCCACCACCAAGUCAGUCCUUCUCGCUCGGCAUCGUUUCGCUUCCUGGAAAGCUUUAAAUCAAGAGCAACGUUAAAAUCAACAACAUCAGGGCAACGACGAUGGAAGUCUGGAAAGGCAGGAACUUAAUGACCGUAAUCUUGCUGAUUACCAUCGGAUUAACAGCAGAAGUUUUCUCGGAACAGAUCGACCACUUGCGGAAGGGAGAGAACGACCCAAUUAAAUCCGCAGCUCAGGCGUACUUCGAUGCUGUUGCACCGGCAGAUCGCGUAAACUUCAUCAAGUAUUAUUUGGACAAAGCCUUGGAGGAUCGUAUACCGAAUCAUGUUAGCAAGACUCCACCUGAUUUCACAUUUGGACACUAUCAGAUACCUGUUGAGCCGCCGAAAAGUUUCGCAUCCGAUUUUUUGGACCACUUCAAAGCCAGCUUCGGGCUGACAGAUCGCGAUGUUUGUGAUUAUGUCACCAGCGACACUAUCUGCUUCCCUCCACCCCGUGGAUGCAUUGAUCUGGGAGAUGUUGGGAAUAUUUGCUGUCCCUUCUGAGGAGAUGGAUCAAAGGAUUAUGUGCUAGGUUCAAUGUGUUCGGUUUAAUACAGAAUUUUCCCAGAAAAGUCUCAAUAAAUUUCAGAAGCAAUACAGUUUAGGUUUGUACAUUAUGAUUAAUGAAUUUGAGAUUUAAUUAUUGAAAUAGAAAAUAUUAAGUAUCCAUUUUAAUUUAAUCCAGCUUCAGUUGAAACAAUAAAUAUGUUUUUUUCGUACAUACGA